CCAGGGGGGCCUUGGACACGCCCAGUGAGCGUCAGACCGUUGGAAUAGUGUUGACCAGCGUAGUUCCGCCCACCCUCUCUCUCUAUCUCUCACGGGACGAUUUUACAGAACAUUGUCAACGUCUGUUCCAGGUUUUUUUCUUCGUAUCCUGCCGCCGUACGUAGAUCUACUGUUCCAACAACAUGGGAGACGCAAGCCAAGCCCUGGCCCUGUCCGGCAAGAGUAACUGGAAGGUGGACAUGUUCAGCUGCUUCGACAACAUCGGGCUGUGCGCGCUCACCUUCUGCUGUCCGUGCGUGACGGCGGGCAAGAACGCCGAGGCCGUCGGGGAGGACUGCCUGAAGUACGGCCUGUACUCCGUCCUCGGCCCGGUCGGGAUGUACAGCAUGGCCUACACCCGUACGAAAAUCGCCGAGAGGGAGGGUUUGCCAGCCGACUUCGUCACCAACUUAUUGAUCUACGGCACCGUGCCCUGCUGCGCGCUCAUGCAGGAGGCUCAGCAAAUGGAGAGCGUCAAAGUUCCGCAACCUGCUCAAGCCCAGGAGGAGAUGACCAGAGAAUAGAAGUGACCACGAGGGGGGAGGGGAGCUCCAGUUUACCGGGACCCACGGGGACAAGCAUCACGAGACUUCCAGGGGAAAAUCAGCCGACGUUUUCGUGAUGAGAUCUACAACUACAUUGUACUACUGAAAAAAAAACGGGGCCAAAAUUAACCUAUUAACUCAGGGACAGGGAAAGACAACAAAACGACGCUCUGCGGAAAGAAAGGACAGCAUUCAAGAAUGUGAACAUAGACAUCUUUAGAAGGGAGAUCUAGAACUAGGCCAACUUGGGUACUGUUUUCAGGCACAGUGAGCAAAUACUUUGGGCGUUACAAUCAGCUAAAACGCACCGCGCAACAUUCCAAGCCAACCCCGACACCUGACACCGUUAUGUCGGAAUGUUUUCGUGUACAAACAGGCGAGUAGACUUUACACCAGGUGGGACUGAAUCACCCCCUUUUGUGAUAGAAACAUCCAUUUGACCAGACAGUGACACCUUGUCCGCCAAGCACUGGCCGUGACCAGAUCAUAAAAUGGACACCACAGACAGAACCUACUAGAUAAGAGCCCACGUUGUUUGACUAAUAUCCAUGCUUUUAACCUAGGCAUUAAUCGUUAACCAGAGCACAAAGUUCAUGUAAACAUAUCUGAGUACUUGUGAAGCGGUGCGGUUACACACUUAAGUUAAAGUCGACCUAACCGGACUAUAUAAUGCCUGUUUAUUUUGCUGCAAUUUAUUUGUGUCCAAAACUUGUGCUUUUGUAUGCAGAUGUGUAGGUUAGAGCCUUGUUAUUACCACUAAAAGAUUUGCAUAUCGUGUGAUUGGAAUAGGAGUAGGCGUUGUUUUCAUAAGAUUACAGUGUUUGUAUGGGCGAUUGGCUUACUGCACAGGUGACUUCAGUAAUUAUGUCCUGUUUUCCUACCUAGAAUGUUUGUUUGCGUUUUUACUUAACCCAUCAAGGAAAUGUGCUUGGAAUUCUACUAAAUAAUCUACACAGUCUUGCUGUUAAAAGAACAUACCCCGUACAGUCUACCCCUUGUAUAGUAAUUACAAAUUGAUUACCUUUGCUCGCCUACAAAUACACAAUCGACAUACAGUACAGUAUUGUAGGAAUAAUGAAGCUAAUUUCUUACGGUUCAGUAAAUAUUUGUAACGUUGACAAGAGAAUGUAAUACACCAGUACCUGCGUUUGUAUUCUUAUCAUUUUGAGUCGCCACUGUGCCAUUGUGAAUAGAUUGCCUGG